AUGAAGGCGGAGGGACAGCAACAGACGCAGCAGGACGAUGAUUCGAGACCUAAACAGUUGCCGAAGGGCGUGGUACUUGGACCUGACGGGAAGCCAUGCCGCUCCUGCACCUCCUUCGCAUCCUGGGCCGCCAUGACCAAGCAGCAGCAGCAGCCGCCCACCAGCAAGCCCACCACGAUCGCAACCCCACAACCACCCGCCCAAUCCGUAACAGCCCUCCAACCUCCCCAAGACUGCCCACCAGACGUCGAACAACUAGGCCGCUCAUCCUGGACCCUCCUCCACUCGAUGGCAGCCACCUACCCCGAGCGACCCACUGCAAACCAGCAAACAGAAACGAAGCAAUUCCUCACCCUCUUCAGCAGAAUGUAUCCCUGCUGGGUCUGCGCGGACGACUUCCGGACGUGGAUGACGCAGGGGAAUGAGCCGAGGGUUAGCAAUCGGGAUGAGUUCGGGAGGUGGAUGUGUGAGGCGCAUAAUGCGGUUAACGUUAAGUUGGGGAAGGAGUCGUUUGAUUGUAACCGGUGGGAGGAGCGGUGGCGGACGGGGUGGAGGGAUGGGAGGUGUGAGUGA